CUCUACGUGUGUUAGAAUCGCGCACCACAAGACUGCUGGUUUAAAAGCCUGCACUAUCUAACUAUAUCUAACUUUUAAAAAAUAACUAUAUUUCUGAACGAUUUCAAACAUGGUCGCGCAGUCGAACGUGAUCGUAACCAGUAUCGCGCUGGGUGCUGUUGUUGCCUUCUUGUUGGGCAUGAUAGUGUACGAGGUCAUCAUCUUGGUGCAGCAAGGAACUGCAGACGAAAAUUAUGCGGUGCAAAAAAUCAGCGAACUUACACGGACCGAUUCCGUUAAGGACGACUUCAUCGUCAAUGAGGUCAAUGCUUCCAAGAUCCGCGACAACCUUAGGUAUCUGACUAGCGCCCCUCACGUCGCCGGCACUGCAGAACAAGCGGACACCGCCCAGUGGGUGUACGACCAGUGGCUGCAGCAAGGUCUUGUUGAUGUCAAGACCAUACCGUAUGAAGUGCUCCUCUCGUAUCCUGAUGAAAACAACCCUAAUAGAGUUCGCCUCGUCUCAAAGACGGACGGAAGUGUGGUGUUCGAGUCCGUGUUCCGGCAAGAGCCGCUGUACGCGCCUGAGGAAGCGGAUCCGCGCGUGCUGCAUAACUACAAUGCUUACUCCGCGGCUGCCACAGUCCAGGGAGACUUGGUGUACGCAAAUUACGGACGCGAGGAGGACUUCGCUGAGCUGGCGCGCCGCGGUGUGGACGUGACAGGCAAGAUCGUCAUCGCCAAGUACGGCAAGAACUUCCGCGGCGACAAAGCGAAGGCUUGCCAGGAGCACGGAGCUCUAGGCCUGGUGCUCUACAACGACCCCGCGGACUACGACCCUGACGGGCUUGAAGUUUACCCUGACUCGGUGAUGAUGCCGUCCACGGCCACGCAAAUGGGAAGCAUCCUCGGCACCAAAGGCGAUCCCCAAACUCCGUUCUACCCUGCCAUCGAAAGCUCAUUUCGGUACCCCGAAGAUGAAUGCGAGUUGCCCGCCAUCCCCUGUCAGCCCAUCAGUUACGGCGACGCUUAUCAUAUCCUCAGAGCCAUGGAGGGCGACGAGGCCCCCGCUUCAUGGCAGGGAGGCCUGAACUUCACCUACCACUUGGGCCCGACACUCGCCUCGGGGCUGGAGGUGCAAGUGGAGACCCACACUACCAACCGCAGGGCGACCAUCACCAACGUCAUCGCCACCAUCCCGCAGACUGCCGGCGACGAUCCAGACCGAUUUGUGGUGGUGGGCAACCACAGAGAUGCGUGGAUGUUCGGAUCAGUGGAUCCCUCGUCGGGCACUGCCGUCAUGAUGGAAAUAUCGCGAGUGUUGAUGGCUUACAUCAACGAAACUGGCUGGUCCCCGCGGCGUAGUAUCGUCUUCUGCUCAUGGGACGCUGAAGAAUUUGGUCUCAUUGGUUCGACUGAGUGGACGCAGCAGUUCAGCAAGCAGCUCAGCGACCGAGCUGUGGCCUACCUCAACAUUGACCAGGCAUUUAACGGCAACUACACGUUCAGGGCUCAAGCGUCCCCUCUCCUCAGAGACAUCAUCUAUAACGCCACCAAAGAGGUGCCUAACCCUGACCCGGCGGAGGUAGCAGCAGGUCGCACCAGCGUGUACGACACGUGGCUUCAUAGGCUGGCUGACCUCGACGAUCUCACAAGACCUUGGAUUGGGAAUUUGGCGUCUGGCAGCGACUACUACAGCUUCCAGCAAGUGCUCGGGGUACCGAGUAUGGACAUGCGCUAUACUGACACGCGCUACGGGGAGCCGCUCUACCACACCCUCUACGAGACGUUCGAGCUCGUGGACGAGCUCUACGACAAGGGCUUCCUCUACCACGCCGCUACCACCGCAGUCGCUGCAAAGAUCGUCGCCGCCGUCGCUUCUGCGCCUCUUCUACCAUAUUCGUAUACGUUCUAUCCGGAGUUCAUCAGAUCGGCAGUGGUAGAUUUGCAGCAGCAAUACGGAGACCUCAUCGCGUCACAUAACUGCUCGCUCGACCUCAUGACGCAAGCAGUGGACCGCUUCACUCAGGACGUCGCCGACUUCAAAGACAGCCUGCAAAAUACUGACUUCUCUGACUUAUUGGUGCAGCGCCAUGUCAAUGACCGUCUGAUGCUCCUUGAGAAAGCUUUUCUUGAUCCACGUGGUCUUCCUCAUCGUCCCGACUACCUGCACGUUGUAACGUCACCCAGCGCCUUCGACAGCUACUCGGGCGUAGCGCUGGCCGGCCUCCACGACGCGCUCUACGCGCUCUCGGCCGCCCCUGACGACGCCGACCUCUGGCGGGACUUCCAGGAACAUUUGGCCUCCGUAACCCAUCUCGUGGCUUCUGCGGGUGAUGCUCUGCAGGGUAGACUGUGGUGAUGCUCUGCAGGGUAGACUGUGGUGAUGCUCUGCAGGGUAGACUGUGGUGAUGCUCUGCAGGGUAGACUGUGGUGAUGACUUGUAGGGUAGACUCUGGUGAUGACUUGCAGGGUGUGGUGAUGCUCUGCAGGGUAGACUGUGGUGAUGCUCUGCAGGGUAGACUGUGGUGAUGACUUGUAGGGUAAACUCUGGUGAUGACUUGCAGGGUGUGGUGAUGACUUGUAGGGUUGACUGUGGUGAUGGGCUGCAGAGUAGACUGUGGUGAUGACUUGUAGGGUAGACUGGGGUGAUGACUUGUAGGGUAGACUGUGGUGAUGACUUGUAGGGUAGACUCUGGUGAUGACUUGUAGGGUAGACUGUGGUGAUGACUUGUAGUGUAGACUGUGGUGAUGCUCUGCACAGUAGAGUGUGGUGACGACUUGUAGGGUAGACUCUUAAUGAUUCCUUGCAGAGUAGACUCGGAAUUAAGUUGCCUUGAAAGGAUGCGAUGAUUGAGUAAUUUUCAUACAAUUCCACUUUAGAUUUGUAAUUGAUUCAUCACUACUUCGUCCGUAUGUACAUUCAAUCACUUUGUGUACCGAUGAACAGGCAAAUAGACCUUGUGCAAUAAAUUUUUUGAAAAAC